GGAUUCGUUGUUUCAUACGUCAUGCAGUUUGGUUGCAACGAACUACGCCAAACGUGUCCAUCUGUGGAUCGCUUUACUAAGUAUUUCUUACAGUAUUGCUCCGGUCUGUUUAGUCAGCCGAUGUGUGCUAUUUGGCCGCAUUCUUAAAAUAGCAUUUUUAUUAUAAACAAGUAGCGUGUUCAGCUCUCCAAACUUCUACACAAUGAAUAGUAUAAAAGAUGGAUGGUUCACAGAGACAUGUACGCUAUGGCCUGGGCAAGCAAUGAGUCUCCAAGUAGAAGAGGUCUUGUAUCAUCAAAAAUCAAAAUUUCAAGAUGUCAUGGUAUUUAAGAGUAAGACCUAUGGAAAUGUCCUGGUGUUGGAUGGUGUUAUCCAGUGCACUGAACGUGAUGAAUUUUCCUAUCAAGAAAUGAUUGCCAAUCUACCUCUGUGCUGCCACCCAUGUCCCAAAAAGGUCCUGAUAAUCGGCGGUGGAGAUGGUGGUGUCCUGAGAGAAGUGGUGAAACAUCCUCUAGUGGAGUCUGUGGUUCAGUGUGAAAUUGAUGAGGAUGUGAUAAAUGUCUCAAAGAAGUACCUGCCCGGAAUGGCGAAUGGCUUCUUCAGCCCUAAGCUAACUCUAAAUGUGGGAGAUGGCUUUGAGUUCAUGAAACAAAAUCAGGAUGCCUUUGAUGUCAUCAUCACAGAUUCCUCUGACCCUGUUGGCCCAGCAGAGAGCUUGUUUAAGGAGUCUUACUAUCAGCUCAUGAAGACAGCCCUGCGGGACGGGGGGAUCCUCUGUUGCCAAGGUGAGUGUCAGUGGCUCCACCUGGAGCUCAUCAAGGAGAUGUACAGCUUCUCCAAGACUCUCUUCCCUGUGGUGGACUAUGCCUACUGCACCAUCCCCACCUACCCCAGUGGCCAGAUCGGCUUCAUGCUCUGCAGUAAAAACCCGGUGACCAAUUUCCGUGAACCUGUGAGAGAACUGCCCAAGGAGGAGGUGGAGAAUAUGAAGUUGAAGUACUACAACUCGGACGUGCACAGGGCGGCGUUUGUCCUCCCAGAGUUUGCCAGGAAGGUGCUAAGUGAGAGCAAGUAAGAGUGGCUCCCUGAGCAGCGUCUGUGAUGCGCAUGGCCUUUCAUGCAGACUGAACAAAACCCUCACCACCGAUGCUGUACUUGAAACCUCUUGGAAGCUGCAUCUCUGCCCAGAGCUGAUUGGAGAUGGGGGACUUCGGAUGGAAGUGUUGAAGUCAGGCUGAGACGUGGAAGGUCACCUGAGAGGGAAUGGCAACCUCUGUGUGGAAUUCAGGCUUCGCUGCAGCAGUAAAUUCCAGCCCCUUCCAGUCUUACAGUCUUUUAUUGUUUCUAAUUUAUUCUUCGGGUCUUGACGUCCGUUUCAUCUGUACAUCCAGUGAACAACACCUGCUGGGUCAGUCGCAAUAGAGAAAGUUUUGUUUUCAAAUUACAGGUCAUGUUUUUAAGGUACUAUAUAACUAAAAUGUACACUUUCCACCCGUGUUAGUAAGUUAUACCCAGUUUUAAUAAAUAACACAUCUCAGGAUUACACAUCAUAAUAUUAAGAAAAUCUAUGAUGGAUUCCAUAUUCCACUGUUUUAUUGUACACUUACUGUUGUAAGGGAGAUGUUUUAUUGUAUUUUUGUUAUGUAUAUCAUCUUCUGGUCGCUUAACAUGGUCACAUAUUACUGGUGUCGCACAGUUGUUGGGAGGUGUAAAAUGAUAAAAUAUAAUACUGUAUAAAAUUCAGCUACGAUUAUUAAUAUUAUAACAUUACUAACUUGGAAAUUGAUGGAAUAGUGUUAGAAAGUGAGAGGUCUUGUAUGAGGUUAAUAAUCAUGCGGUUAAGGAUCAUUAGUAUUAAAUAUGUUCUGUACACAACCACUAUGUGACGGCAAAGAGCAGGAGUUAAAAGGUUUGCAGAGAGCAGAACGUUUUACUUUGUAUUUUACAGUCAGGUGUGAUACGGCACUCAUUUGGGGGAUGCAUGAAAAUGAGGUCAUCUAACCUUGAAGCAAGAAGCCAUGAUUUCCAGUAAAUUUGAUAAUUAGCUUCAGAGAAUGCUAACUAUUGCAGCGUGUCUGUGUUCAAGCAGUUCCAUAUUGAUUUUUGUAAAGUCUUCUACACUCAAUAAAAGAGAUGAAACGAGGA